GGAUGUAAGCUAACUCUGUACCAAAUUUCAUUAAAAAUCGGUUCAGCGGUUGAGCCUUGAAAACGUAGCAGACAGACAGAAACACACACUUUCGCAUUUAUAAUAUUAGCAAGGAUGGUAAUAUUUUGCUCCUUUUUAUUUCACACUGACUGCGUAUAAAUUAUGUAUAGUGUGGUGUUGUCUUUACUACAUCCUCAAGUACACGGGGUGUGUAGUUAUCUCAUAAAAUGAAGUAGCUGCACUUUGAUAUUGGUACUAGAAGUAACCAAACUUUACCUCUCAAUGGAACUUAUUUUAUUGGAUGGAUUAUAGUUCGAUAACGAUUUUUUAGUUUAAUAUAAUAUUUUAUUUUUGAUUAUUUUUACGUUUUUUUUUCUAUACGCUUUAUUUUUAACUAUACCCAUUUUUUAUAUUAAAGGUAAAAUCGAUUUAGUGGAUGCACUCUUUACAUUCCACUGAGCAUGUUUUUAUUAAUUUUGAAGAAAUGUAGCUUUAUUUGUCAGCUAUUUAUUCUUUUAUACAUGUCGUUUAUACAUGUAUUAUAUAGAUUUCAUUUAAUAUAUUAAAAUGAACACCUUUAUGUGUUGUAUAUUUACAAAUUUUAAACAAUUAUAAUUUUAAAUAUGUAGAUGAAUAUAAUUAAUUAUUAUUAUUUUAAAGGUGACAGCUUUUUUAUUAUAUUAAAUUGUCUUUUAUUUUGACGAUAUACGUUUAUGAAUAUUGUACAAAUAAUGUCUUGUAAAGUGUUUUUUUAAUAUUUUUAUGUUACCGUGAGUUUGCACUGAGGAAAAUGUACAUAAAAACAUGUUAAAUUUCUAUUUUUUGUUAAUAUAUCGAACUGCGUUUGCAUUAUCAUGUAACUUGUUGAAGAGGGAAUUUUUUGACAUUUCGACAAAUCUCUAAAUCUGUCAAAAAAUUAACCCAAUUAUUUUCAGUGUGAAUGUAAAUUAAACAAAACAAGUGAGGAGAAUCGUCACAUACAACGACCUGUCAAACAUGCACAUUACACAUGAUAUAUAAUGUUUUUGGUGCAAAAUCACGGCUACGCAUAUACCGCACCUUCGUACUUUUCAGACCAGCUAAAAACGUUAUGGUGCUGUCACACUGUAAUUAUAAAAUGUUAUAAAACGUUAUUGAACAUUGGUACUGAUCACAACUAAAUUUUAGAGUAUCCUUCCUUGUUCCUACCAAUGUAAUAUGAAAGAGACGGACGCAGUUUGAGUUUUAAAUUUAAUUUAGAACUCACAAACCUCGUGACUGUAGCUGCCAGUCGCGAGCAUAUUGUUUAAAGUAGCAUGCACUAAAAUUUAGUAUAUUUAAAUUGAAAAUUCAUGUUCCGUCCUUUUUAGCAAUGUUAAAAAGAAAGAGAUGCAGAUUCUCAAGAGAACAAGAGAAUCGCCGCAUUGUUGGUGAACUUUUGUCACAAAUUGUAGCAAACUAUCAAAUGUUUAUAGAUUGUUCAAUAAUGUUUCAAAACAUUUUAUACCUGCAAUGUGGCGGCACCAAUAGGCUUCAAUUCCACUUUCGUAAAACAAAAUCUUCUUCUAGGUUUUGAAUAUACUGCGAUGUUUGCUUGCGAAUGCGUACCUACAUUAAGCUAAGAUAUAAAUACUAUAAUCGAAUAUGUUAAAUAUAAAUGUAAUAUAAGUAGUAUGAUUAAGUUAUAAUUUUGAUAUGAAUGAAUUGCCAUGUAACGUUAAAUGGAAAAGAAAAAUGUAUUUUAAUUGUCAGUUAUUUAAAAUUAUAUUUUUCUCUAGGUUAUAGUUACCAAAUGAAUGAGUAGGUACUAAAAUCUCAAAAACUCUAAAUGAUCAAAGAUCAAAAUCCAUGAGAGCCCUUGUUUCAUAAACUGAGUCAGCUGCGUCAAAAUCUUGAAAAUGAAUUUUUGUAUUUAAAGUGUUUGUGUAAAAGCUCUCGAAAUCAUAUAAACAUUGUUGAUAUUAUAGAACAGAAUACCUGGCAAUACACACUAUUAAAUGUUAUACUUGGAAAAUCUUGCUCAAUAAGUGCCAAUACAACAUCGAGAAAUGAAUCUGUGAUUAAUUAGUUUCAUGCUGGCAGCUCAAAGAUGGUUUUAGGAGUGAUUUACGAAAAUAUAAGAUUUUAAGAUCACUGUCACUCGCGUAGGCGUAACAUGGCGAGUGGCUAAAACGACAUGAAUAAAACCUUCUGGUCAAAAAAAUUGUGUUAAAAGUAAAAGUUUAUUAGAUUUAUUAUAAAAAGUCUUCAAAAUUUUGUAAGUAGGUAUAUUGUUGCCAUUUGAAGUAAAAAUUACAUUAAUGUGACAAUAAUUAUAUCAGACGCUAUUAGGUGAACUUGUAAGUUAAUAACAUAUAAAAUUUGAAUUUAAGUUUAAUUUAAUAACUUGUAAUUUCCAUAAAAUCGAAGCAUUUUAAAUAAUUUUUGAUAUUCCUUUAAUAGAUCAUUUAUUUUGUGAAUAGGCGAAAUAUGUAUAUAUUCCUAAAUGAUCAACAUUUUAUCACAAAGCUGCUGAUAUUGAUGUGCAAUAACUCAGCUUUACUGUCAACAAUUAUACUGCCUAAUUUGUUGUACCUAUUUUAUAUUUAACUUUGUAGAUAAUACUUUUAAAAUAUUUAUUUGUUAGAGUGAGAACUUUGCCAUAUCUCAACAUUAAUUGUAUUUAUUUGGAUCGUUGUGUUUUUAUUAUUUUUAUUACGAUUUCACUUGGUUACAAUAUCAUGUCAUUUGCUCGUUCUUGCUCUAUCAUAGUUUAUUUUAGUUAAGCUUUACAAUGUGCGAAUCAGAACUCAGAAUUUUAUGAUUUCUAUGAAUUCUAUGAUACGGUAUCUAUUAUUUAACGGCACAUUGUUAAAAUCAAUUAGUCUAACUGUUUGUGAUAUAAGAGAGUGUAGGGUAUAUUUAAAUAAAUAAAAUCUUGACUAUUAACUAUAUGGACGUUUUAUUUGUUUCCUGUAUAAAAUUAAUAAUAUGCUAAUCGUGUAUUCAUUAAUAUUAAUUUGGCUUAUAUUCCAAUAUAGCUCGGUAUAAUGCGAAGUAGUAGUAGUAAUGUGAAACAAAUAUUUGCACAAGUGCGAAACAACUGGCCCACCCGUGGCUUACUUCAGCAAAUAGACGUCACUUUUCUUUUUAGUGGUAACAACUAACUAGUCUUCGAUAUUUAUAGAGAAUUAAUAGUAGCUACGCAUUAAUUCUUUCAUAUAGGUUGUGUCUGUGUUGAUAUGGUUUUAAUUUUGUUUCGUUUAUAAUGAGGGGACUUUCAUUAAUUGUUUUUAUUCUUCUGUUUCUAAAAGCUCAAGCGUCUUUUCUGGACGACAUUCGUGGCGCCGUGUCUAAUAUAAAUCAAGGAUUUGGAAAAUUAUUAGGCGAUGUCGUCACUGACGUCAAGGACACUUUUUAUUGUACUAUAUCAGCGGUUGAACAAGUGCUGGUUCAAAACGGACUGCUUGAUCAACGUAGACUAUACAACCAAAGAUGUAAAGGUACAGAGAAACCAAAAGAGCAAGAUUUGAAUUUCCGAGAUGGUACUCAGACCAAAACUGUCUCUAAAAUUCGGAAACACUCGGUUAUUCAUCAUAAACAUUCCUCGAGGCGUAUUUCCCACGAGUCUGAACAUUCAAUCAACAAUGUUAAUAAAACAAUAAUUAACGUUUUAGAUAAACAGAACAUGGACCUAAAAAUUGCACCCAAUAAGGCUUUUGAUGCUAAUCAUUUAGCCGAAAUAAGUAAAAUAAUAAAGCAGGAAUCGGAAAACAUAUCAGAAAAUGUUAAAAAUGAAAUCAAAAAAUUGCAAUUCGAUAAUAACAAACCACCUGUGGAAUCUAUUUUGGAUAAAAUUCAACUUUUGAAUGAUUUACGGCGAAACAGUAAAAACGAAACAGAAGCUAGCGAAAUCGGUCGCAUUUUCGAUAAAGUAAUAGACCGAAUGCAUUUAAAAAUCAAUAGCCAACAAAUAUUAGAAAAACAUGAAUUAGAAAAAUUAAAAGGAGAACUUCAAAAAUAUGAAAAAUUAAAUUCAACAACAGAAAAACAGUCGCCUCAAAGGACUUCUCAAGAUUUGUUAUCAAUAAAACUUAAAGAUAGUAAUACUAAUUCAACUAUAACUUUUAAAGAUGUGGCAUUAAAAAUAUACAGUAAAGAAGAGAUACAUCGUAAAACAGAUGGCAAGGAACGUAAACAAACACAAUAUAGUCAACCCAAAUCAGUGAAAAAAGAAGAAUCUAUCUUUAGCAUGGGUAUGGAUUCUUUAGCGUCGUUUUUUAAAUCGACGUCAGUCAGUUCCGAUGACGUAAACAAUGCAAAGAAAAUAGUUGCCGAUAGCCAACAUUCUGACAAAGUAUUAAACAGUUUAUUCAAAGGACAGCAAUUUGAUCUGGCUAGACUUUAA